AGGCCCCGGAUGAGGAAGUGCGGGCGGACCAUAGAGAGGGAGAAGCGGCUGCGGCCCGGAGCGCCUCUGAGCCUGAGGCGCUGGAGGUUCAGGUUAUAUUGGCCGCGGUGGGUCUGCGUCUGCAGGAGGCCAAGCUGGAGGCACCAGCCCGGGCCGCGGAGCAGGCCUCGGGGAUGAACUGUUUGAUGUAAAAGACUUGACUCCAUAAUCUCCAUCUGCCUAAUGCUGUCAUCUGGAGUAGAGACUGAGCCUGUUCCACCUGAUUCCUCCAUGUCUGCUGUGGUACAGGAAUUAUACUCUGAACUUCCCGUAAGUGUUUCCAAAGAGCUUCUUGCUGACCCUGAGCCAAGUGUGAUUCCAAAUGUAAGCGCUGGCGCCUCAAGCUUUCUUUUAAGUCAGAGUAGGGCAUUGUCCCUGGAGCAACAGGGGACCUAUGCAGAAAGUUGUUGUGAGGAAAACACUGAAAGUUUGGAUCAUGGGGGCAGUCCUGGGUGGUGUGGGCUAAUGCCCCCCACAGCAAGGGAUUUUAUGGCUUCCAGGAUCUUGGAUAGGGAAGAGAAAGCCAAAGGCAUGGAACUAAAAGUCUUCAGAGAUCAAGGGGACCAGGUGGAAGUUAUCAGAGACCCCUGUGGGGGAACACAGGAAGACCCACAGCAACAUUCCACAACUGCUGAAGAAAAGAUCAGCCUAAGGCAGGAGGACCUCCUGGUGCAGUCCAGAGAAGAACUUUUACACAAGGACCUCCCUGAAGAUUUUCUAAGGAACAAAGAAGAAAAUGUACAAAUUACAGUUGAAACGCUGCCCAGAUCCACGGAAGACAUACAAGGUAUAAAGGUGAAUGGAACUAAGAUGGAUAAUAAUGGCAAGAAUGACGAUGUGAGUAACAUUCUCUCAACUGGGUGCAGUGAAUGCCCAGAAGUAGACAAAAUCAUGACCAGUGGUGAAGUUUCAGAAACCAGAACUUUAGUUUCCCUAAAGCCUGUAACUUUUGUGGACCCUGGAUUGACAGAAGCAACUGCAAAUGAAAAAGAAUGUGGAGAAUUAAAAACUUUUCCUUCUUGGUUGUCAGUAUUACCAGGAAACAGUGCCAUUUCCAACACUGACAAUGGGGAGAAAGAGUUGUGUAAAGUAAACCUUGUCUGUGAAGCAGAUGACAAUCGCCAACAGAUUCUUGGCCUCCAUAAUGAAAAACACAGUUCUGUACCUGAUAAUUCCACAGCCAUGGGAAAUGGUGAUGCUAUAAAACCUUUGGAAGAAAAUUCUGAAAGUUCACAUUUCAUACCACUUUUGUCUGUUCCAGAACGCAGAAUAGCAUCAUUAGAAGAAUGUGAUUUGGAAAGCAAUGGUUUGCUGAAAGGAUCUGCUAAAAAGGUAGAUAAUUCCUAUUUUAAUGAAGAUGAUCAAAGCCAAAACUUGGCUUGUAUAGAAGGAAGUAAAGAAUGGCCUUUGAGUCUCAGGAAAGAAAAGGAAGAGGAACCAGCAAAGUAUGCUAGUUCUGGCGAAAAAGAGACUGCUGAUUCCCCAAAGGAAAACAUCUACAAUAACUCUUGUGUUCAAGGCAGUAUCCAUACAGAAAGCUCUAGUUCUCUAAUGCUCAAUUCUCUUGCUGAAGCCACAGAAAUGUUUAAAAAGAAUGAUUUGAAAAUCACUUUAGACCAUCAGGGUAACUUGAUACACCCUGAGGACCAUAGAGAAACUGUUCCUAAUGUGAGCCUUAUAAAUGAGCAUUCAGAAGAAAGCAGUUUUUUCUCUUCAGUGCAACUUGAACAGCCAGAGCAGACAACCACUAUAGAACCUAUUAGGUUAAGUGAAAAGAUAAAUAGUAAAGACUCUAAUUCCUUAGUCAACAUUCAGAGAAAUCUGGAAGGUAAGACUCAGUUGAAUGAAGCAACAGGUAAUGAUCUUUUGUCUGAAAGAAAAUCUGUUGGGAGUUUAAUGCCAGAAAAUCAGAUAAGUUCUAUACCUAACAAGAUAUCAAAAUCCAAGAAAGAUGCUGCUCAAUUACCAUUGUCUCCAGAAUUGGAUUACAGACCUGAGUCAGAAAAAACUACAUGGACCUCACUUGACAAUAAUUUCUCACAUGUAGAUGCACCAGGCAUUGCCAGUGAGAUGAGUGAACCUUCUUGUGCCCGUGAACUGGUUAUGAAAGUAGAUUGUGAAUGUGUUUUAAAUCAACAAGUGUCCCUUAGUUCCCAAAACCACGUGACCUCGCCAACUAAUUCUCUACUAAAUGUAAACAGAGAGAGGCCUUUAGCAACUGGCAGUGAUGCCCAACAGAACCAUCACCUUUCUUUAGAGAACGGAGGAGAGGUCAUUGCUGGUACCCAAACCAGUCCCAUGAAGACAAAACUAAAAGACCUUUCUCCACAGGGUGACAAAACCUGUGGUGCCUCUUCAAAUCCCACCUUCAGCACCAAAUUAGGAAGCCUGGAAGGAAAAGAAGAAAUGGCUGAUUCAGGAACAGAAGAUUUACGUUUUGGAUUCCUUUCAAGUACAAAAAAUACAGCUGGUUUUCCUCAGGAGAUCUCUGUCACCGAAUGUAAAAACAUUCAAUCUCAGGAUAUCUCCAGCUGUCACAAUGCAAGGGAAAAUGUACCAAAAGAAAAUUUACAUUCUGUGUGUGCUGCUUUCAAGCCAAGCAAAAUUGUCCCGAAAGUGAACAACUCUAAAGUAAGCAAAUGUGAAAAUGCAUUUCAACACAGUCAUCACUACUCCCAGGGAACAGAAGGCUCUGUAAAAAGUAGCACCCAGAAAAUGAGCUGUAUGUCCAAGGAGAAUGAACUUACUGUGAAAGAAACUCAAAGCAGCCUUCCAGAUGGUAAGAAACAAACUGAAGUAGCACAUGUGUCAGAUAAUGGAGCUUUGAACAUAGCCACACAUGCCGUCGUUCACAUCAAACCCAGUGAGAAAGGGCUACACGAAAAAGAAUCAGAUAUAUCCAUUGAAACUGUGUUUUGUAAAGAUGCUAUCCCUGACUGUGCUAUACAAGAACUAAACCAAUCUACAAACAUUCCAAGUCCUGAAACAUUAUCAAACCAGUCUCCUACUGCUAUGAUCUCCAAUUUUAAACCCUCAGUUGAAACUCUUGGUCAGAAGAAAGCAGAUGAAGUCCUUGGUUGCCAUAGUAACCAAAACAGACCAGUUGAAUGCAGAAGUGAAGGUAAAUCAGUUAAGAAGGCACUAGAUAGUUAUUGGAGAGAGGCCACUGCAGAGGCUAACAGACAACCAAGUCUCAGCAAAAAAGAUCUGACAGUCAGUUCAGAUAGUAGUAACUCACUGCUUUGUGGUAGUCCAAAGAAAGACAAUUCCCAAGGAGCCUUUGAAAAUAUUUCUGGUUCUGAAAAGUCCAUAGAUAGUAUGAUAUACAUGGUCCAUGUAGACUGUGAUGAAAAGCCUGCUGAAGGUUUGCUGGCUGUGAAAACAUCUAACGCACUUGGUAAUGGUGCAAGGCAAAAUAAACUGGCAUUCCAUGAAAUCUCAAGGAGUACCUCAUGUGAGAGAGAACUGAAGGCUGCAUUUAUAGGAAUAGCUGACCAAGACUCGGAUCUCCUAAUUGCUGCUGCUUCUAUAGAGCAGUCUCUAGAAAUACAAUCAUGUGAAGAGAAAGUACAGAAAUCUUUAGAAGACUGUGAAAUGGAAAGAUGUCCAGACUCCUCCAUACCCCAUGAGAUGAAGUCUGCUGCUGAUCAUGAACCAAAUGUGAGAAUAGUAGAUAGCAUAAGCAUAUCUUAUAAACACCAAAGUAAAAGAGGAUCUCUGAGAGAAACCCAGGGAAUGAUGGAAGGAUCAAGACCAGAAGUAGAUUCUGAGGCUGGCAAAAAGGCCUUGGGAAUAGCCACAAGAGACUUGAUGUCCUUUAGAUGCCAAGAUGAGAGCUCUGACCUCGCACAGAGCCUAGAAUCCUUUGACACAAUGACUUUGUGUCUAUCCUCUCAAGAAAAUUCAGAAACUGAUACUGGUAGUAAAGAAACUGACCUAAAAAUUCCUUUUAAACAAAAAGAUGGUGAAGUGCUUUGUGAAAAUAGAAAAGACUGCAUGGGCCUGUCUGAGAUGAAGGAACAAAUACUAAGAAAUAGAAGUAAUCCUAACAAAAGAGACAGUGCACCUACCAGUGUGGAAAAGAAUGCUUGUAAAGCUUGCCAUCCUCGUGAGAAUUCCACUGAUGGACAUUUGCCUUUGACAGUGGACACCACCACAAGAAUGAAUGGAAAAGAAACUGAAGAACAUCAGAGGGGACUGCUGAAUCACUUAACCGUUGGGGAAGAAUCUGAGGUGAACACUACCACAGAAGGCCGUGGUGGCGAUAAUUUGCAUAGAAAUUGUCAGACAUACUUGCAAUGCCAAGCCAUUCAUGAUGAUGCUAUAAAACAACAGAGCGAGAGAUUUUUGGACUACACAUUGCUGAAAGAGGAAAAACUUACAUAUCAAAAAGAAGCGGUACAUAUGGUACUUGAACAGUGCACAUCAUCUAAUAAGUUGUCAGAUGAGGUUCAAGAUAAGAACCAACCUAAAGCAGACAAAGGUAGGUUCACCAAGAUAAAAGAAAUGACUCAGGCAAAGCUAACCAAGUACAACACCAGACAGCUUCAAAAGUUGGCAGACCCAAGGGCGAAAAGCUUAUGUCAUCAGCCAUUGAAGAAGGACAUUGAGUUAUGCACAGGUCCUUGCCUUCCUGGUGCCCCCAGGAAACAGCAAGAUCUCAGCACUGCUGGGUGUGAUCAAAUACAUGGUGCCUUUGUGAACACUUCUGGUAAAAAAAGAAUGCUUCCUUUGAAGAAGCAACCCCAUCGAACCUGUAAGAGAGUUUCCUAUCAGGAGCCAGUCAGUGUGGGGAAAAGAGUGAGUAAAGUCAGAAGUUCUACCAUUGGAAAGAGUUCAUCCAAUCCCAUCCCCACCAAAGCACACAGUCUUCUCAGCUCAUGUGCUGUGCCUGCACCCACACAAUUAGAACUCGAACCAGUACCUAUCAGGAGCUUGCUUAGCCACAAACCAAAGCAGAAGCCUAUACCAUGCCAUCCGUUGAGGAGCCCGAGUUUUAGGAAGCCUACCAAAGAAUCAGCCUUACUACACAAGCUAUCCAUCCUUGCCUCCAAACUAGCCCCACCUGCCAAACUCCCGAUACUCAGAUACCGGCGGUGUUCCUCUACACUUCUGCCAGUGGCUAAAAGUUACAAGCGCCUCAGAUAUAAAAGGCUCCUGGAUGGAUUUUCAUAUAAUGCAAUGCAGCUGAACCCAUAUAUGGCAGCUAAUAAAUGGGAUCAAAGGUCUAACAGCAAGCCUUUGGCACUUUAUUCUCUCGAAGCCAUCAAAAUGAGCUUCAUAGAUUUGAGCAACAAGAUGCCAUCACUGCUGUGUGGUUCCGAAAUCUUCCCAGUUUCCUUUCAUGUGAAACCAACCUCCAGUUGCAUGAUUGAAGCCUCAAAGACUUUUCCUGAGCACUGUGCUCCAUCGAGGCUUGCCUUAGGUGAGGCCUCCCAGUGCCCGCCUCAACCUCCCAAGUGGACCUUUUCUUUCUUUUUGUCCCAUGCUUGCCCUGGUAUGGCCACAUUCAGGGAAGACACUGGCCUCCAUAGUCAGGCACACACUCAGGCUCCUCCACAGACUCCAGUUCCUCUCCCAGACUAUGGAGGCACUGCCAUAGUCCAGACCAGAGCAGACUGCUCUGUCCUUGGCCUUCACACGCUUCUUGCACUUUGUUCUCCCGGAUGCUACCGAAUCUGGACAAAACAACGAAACUUCUCAAAUCACAUGCCUACCAUGCAGAGGCUCUUCAUGACCCAAUUUACACAGGGCUUGAAAGGGCUAAGGUCUUCAGCCUCCAUAGCAAAUAAGGUCUUCUAUUCUCUGCCCUACUCAGUGGGCAGAGUGUUGUCUAUUUGGAGCCAGCAUGGGCCCUCUUCCUGCUCCUUUGAAAUCUCUGCUCUUCAUCCUAGCAAGCGGCAGCUAAGUCUGGGCACCACAAACAGCCACACUGGGUUACCAUAUGACCCAGGCGUGGAUGCCACAACAUUCAAUACCAUUGGCAGUCACAUGAGGCUAGAACCUGCAUUCACUGCCUUGGUACCAAAGUCUUGCUUGGUAACAGAACCAGACGUCAGCAAACUCCUGCUUUCAGCCUCUGAGUUCCAGGUUCCUGCGUUUGAUGAGCUGGAUGGUGUGACAGCAGCAUGCCCUCGUCCCCAGAGCAGCGCUCCAGAGCAGAAAGAGGCUGAGCCAGAGAAGAGGCCAAAGAAAGUCUCACAGAUUCGAAUACGGAAAACCAUUCCUAAGCCAGAUCCUAAUCUUACCCCAAUGGGCCUGCCUCGACCCAAAAGGUUAAACAAGAAAGAAUUUAGUUUAGAAGAAAUAUACACCAACAAGAAUUACAAGUCUCCUCCUGCAAACAGGUGUUUAGAGACCAUCUUUGAGGAACCCAAGGAACGGAAUGGUACGCUUAUAUCAGUCAGCCAACAGAAAAGGAAGCGAGUUCUAGAAUUUCAGGAUUUUACAGUCCCUCGAAAGAGGAGAGCUCGAAGUAAAGUCAAGCUGACAGGAAGCUUCACUAGGGCCCAGAAGGCAGCUCUGCAGGGUCGAGAGCUGGAUGCUCUUUUGAUACAGAAGCUGAUGGAACUGGAGACCUUCUUUGCCAAGGAAGAGGAACAGGAGCAGUCAGUAGGCUGCUAAAAAGCAGUCCUGUUGGGGAUCUCAAUUUGAGAUCUUUUUUUUUGCACCUCCCUGGAAAAGGUUCCUUAAUUUUGCCCUACACCCAAACCACUCACGAUGCCUAUUUGGUGAAUUUUGACCCAUGUUGAGGUGCAGCCUGUUCAGAAGCUGGUGAAGGAGGGUCCUCUACUUCUACUGAUGAGUACAGAACCUCAGGAAUGCUCCCGUUCUCCUGGACAUGGUCCUCAACGGCGUCUGGCCUCCGCCGCCUGCCAGGGACUGCCAUCCAUGGGGAAAGAAGCUCGCGCAUCUUAAGCAACACUAGGAUUCCGAGGACUCACAGUAUUUGCACGUCCAGAUGAAAGUUCCACUUCGUUUACGGUGGUGCUAGACCAAGAUUACUUAGAAGCCUGGCCUAGGGAGGGGGUGCUGCCCUCCUAUCCUGUGUGGUCUUACCUGCUCAUUUCGGUAAUCAAGAAGAGAUGAACUGUUACGUUUUCUAAUCCUUUUGAGUCGGUCUGCCCAAGACCUGUUAGUGGGAGUGUAUGUAAGUGUAUGUGUGUGUGUGUGUGUGUGUGUGUGCGCGCGUGUUUACUUUUGGCAUCCUCUCCCUUCUGUGACUUUGGGUCACUAGUGCCAGAGGAGCCCAAUCAGGCCCCACUCAAUGUAAGUUGCACUUUGUUAAUGUUGUGAUGUUGAUUGAUUUUCAUUUGUUUUAUUUUUUUAUUAUUUUUAUCCUUUUGUAUUUUUGCUGCAUAUCUGGGGCCUUUAAAUGUGAUUUUUCGACAUUUUUUUUAAGACAUUGAGGAGAAAGACAACACACGUCUUAAGAGAAUAUAUGGCAGGCAUUGGACCAGUUUUCUGCAUAUGGAGGGACAUUUUCCCAUUCGUAUGUUCCAAGCCGUCCCUCCUCAUCUCCAACUUCUAGUGUAGCUCAUGAGAGGCAGUACUCUUUCCAUCCGCCUUCUCAAUCCUGCCUGCUCAUUUCAUGUAUUCAUUUUAAAGCAGAUUUCUCUGCCAGUCAUUUGCAAACUGCUGAAAUUGAGUGUGGCUUUAUCUGCAGUGUUGGUGUAUAACCAAGUUGGGCACCAUGGCUCCUGGAAAGAGCUGUCCCAGUGGCCUUCUCUAAGAGAGAGAAAGAGACUCACGUUAUAGUUCAGAUGCCAAGACACAUUCUUGCAAUGGGGGUCCCCAGAUUUCUACCACCGACCCUUUUUUAAGGGCACCUAUUGUACCCUGGGUCUUGUGUCAAGCCUACUGGAAAUGUCAAAUGCCAGAAGUAAUUGGCUUUCUGGGUUGUGCGUGAGGAGUCAGUAGGCCUAAAGGUGGUCUUUUCCUGUGUGCCAGCCUGCCUCCCUCACCCCUUCUUUCCUAUGGUUUCUCCUUGUUUCUUUUUGUUUGGGCUUUCUCUGUGUGUGUGUGUGUGUGUGUCUGUCUGUCUGUCUCUGUCCUCUCUUUAUAAGUAAGGGUUCAAAGAACAUUCCCUAGCUGGCGAGUGAGGUGCUCAGGCACCCUCAGGACGCUGGUUACUUCUUCCCAUCCUCCCCCAAGCCACUGCCGCAAAGCAGCCACUGAUGGGAUUCGAGGAGAGGAGCAAGCAGUGCCGUCUGCAAGUGUUGGCUGACCACUCUCCUUAGAUUCUUGCAUUCCCCAUUUGUUGGUGGGAGGACGGGGUGAGGGUGAGGGGAUCUCUAUGUGCCUUUCCUUUGUAGGUUGUCUGCACCACACUGGAGUAGAAAAACUGACCUAAACAGGAAAAGUCUGUCUUCCAGGUCUGCCUUUUCCAUAACUGCGAUGCCACGCCUGCUGGUCCUUGGGGCUGUUGUGGCCAUAGCCUGGCAUAAUUACAGGAGGCACCUGGUUUCCACACUGGCUCUGACUGGUGGGGACCACAUUCUCUCACUCAAUACCUUGUCCGGACACACUGGGCACGUCCUGUGCUUCACCUCAACACAUCUCCCUUCCUGGACAGGGGUGCCCAACUUUGCAGAUUGCUUCUCUGCCCUUUGCUGCAGGGAGCGCAUGGGUAGUACUCAGUGCCCUUGUACAAAUGCGUCAAUGAGUGGGGAGUAGGCUGAGGCAGGAAUUGAGGUGGGGUCAGCUGUGGAACCACCACCAUGGCAGAUCUUUCAAGCUGGCUCCUCAUAGGCCUGGUACUUGGAAGCACCGAGAGGGAACAGAUCUGGAGUAUGGCCAUCUCAGACCAGAGGACUAGAGGAAUGUAGGACAAAGCUGGCUACACAGGCAGGCCUGGAACUACACUUGGCCUCCCAAGUACUGGGAUGACAAGCCUGAGCCACCUUGCCCAACCUGUCUGAAAUUCUUGGCAUGCUCUGCAGUGCGGGCUCUUCUGCUGCAGGGGCAAGGAGGAACACCCCCUGCCCCCUUACAGCCUUCAUGACUUCCUCACCUGAAGUUGAUCCUUUGAGCUCAGCCACACCUGUCUUAACAUCUGGUUUCCCUGCUGUUGAGCCAGGGUCUGGGCUUCAGUGGAACGUAUAGCCUCAGGCAAGGGCAGGAGACAUAGCUGCUGGCUUAUCACCUGCUCAAAGCUACAGGAAGUCUGUUGGGAGCUGGUAGUUUCUCACCUACCCCGUGGUUGGAAGUUAGCAUUAAAUACAACUUAAAGAACUAUAACUUGCCUCCAGAAGUUGUGUUGUAGUAUUAAGGGAAGAGAGGAGAAAUCUCAGGUCCAAUCAGGGUUGUGCCCACCUCCUUGUCCAUCUUUCCAUUUAUACCUAUACCAACCUCCCCUCGCAUCUCUUUAUGUUUUUGAGGGGUUUUUUCCCUCUUAGCCUCCUUCCCAGCCUCACUGCUGCAUUAGUUUGGACGUACCUCAUCACCUGGUAAAGCAAAGCAUAGGGAAGUGCUGUGGAAAGACACGUAUGUAGUGAUUGCCUUACAUGGAGCCUGAAGAGCUCAGAAACUCAAGCUGUGAAUCCCCAAAUUCAGUGCUCCUCUUAAGAGCUGUGAAAAACUAAGACAUGUCACAGUUUUGCCUGAAAGAGUCUUGCAUGGGCUCCAGGGCCCAAGGUCCUACCGUGGACAUCCCUUCCCCUAGUACUCAUCCCCUGGCCACCCAGCUAAGCGCAGCAACCAAGGUGAGGAUGGGGCAGCAGGUCCAGGACCUGUGAAAGACCAGCCUUUAGGCAGUGACACUUUUCUCCCUUUGUCUGGGGUGAGUGCAGUUGGUGCUUUCUUUCAUACCCUUAUUUUGUUUGAUUUCUGUAAAGUUACCUCCCCUUCCCCCCCACAUCCAUAUCAUGGAAAGAACCAUUUAAAUAACCACAGUGUAGGUGGCUGUAUCCAAAGUAUAAAUAAUUGGCCAGAUGUGCAGAGUCUCCUUGUCGGCAUUCAUGUCAGUAGAGGGCUCUUUCCUGAACAAAAUGAACUACAUAUAGCUGGCUAGGGAGGGAGACUUAGUGUGGCUAAAAUCAGAGUUCAAUAUUAGUGUUUUGUCACCUGCCACCCGGCAUAGCACGCUCAGAUUUGGUGCUUGUCAGCUGUCUGCACAAGCCCUGCUCUGGUGCUGGAUUGGACUUGAAUUCUGGGUGAGUGACCUCCGUGUCUCCUUGAGCUGGGGUUUGGGUCAGUAAAUAGCUGCCUCAAAUGUCUAUAUUAUCAUGGUCAACAGUUGAAUGAAAAUUUGUACAUUUUUGGUAACAUUGGCAUACAGGAUGCCCCUGCUGUUCUUUUUCUGUUUAGUAGUUUGUGACUCUAAAAUGCCCACUGUUAUGUGUAUUAAUUUAUGGAAAUAAAUUUUUUUGGAAAACUU